CCUUUCAAGUUUCCAUUUGAUGAAUUCGACACCACCCAUUCAAACGCAGGGUUUUUAUGAAAGAAGUAAACAGGAUAUUGGGGGAUAUUUCUUCAAAAAUGCAUGGAUUCGAUGAGUGGUGAGAGCUUAUACUGGACCAUGUCCAUAUAAACAAAUCUGUGUGGCUCAUAAAGGGGAAAAACUCUUUAUCAAAAUCCAUUGCAAAUUCCUCUGUAACCUCGACAAACAACUUCUUGUUAGCAGGAAAUGGGUUGGAUGGAUCCUUUUUCUGUGCUGUUCCUAUUUAUCCUUACGCUUGCAUUCCUUUGGAAAAGGACCAAUUUCUGGAAGAGCAGUAGCCAAAAGCUUCCACCAGGACCAUGCCCAUUACCACUUAUUGGACACCUUCACCUAAUGGAUCUGAAGAGGCCUUACAGAACCAUGUUAAAGUUCUCUAAACAAUACGGCCCUGUCUUCACCAUCCAAUUGGGAUUCCAGAAAAUUGUUGUUCUGGCAGGCUACAAGACUGUGAAGGAGGCUUUGGUGAACCAGGCGGAUGCCUUUGCAGACAGACCCAUGAUCCCAAUGUUUGAAGAAUUUGAACAUGGUCAUGGUAUUGUUCUUUCUAAUGGUGAGAACUGGAAAGUGAUGAGACGAUUUGCAAUAACCACCUUAAGGGACUACGGAAUGGGCAAGAAGACCAUAGAAGACAGAAUUGUUGAGGAGUGCCACUUCCUAAUACAGAAGGUUGAAUCUUUUGAAGGGAAACCAUUUGAGACUACUACAAUCAUGAAUGCUGCUGUUGCCAAUAUUAUAGUGACCAUUUUACUUAGCAAGCGAUAUGAAUAUGAAGAUCCCAUGUUUAUGAGAUUACUGAACUUACUCAACGAAAACGCCCGGCUUGUGGGAAGUCCCUCAGUCACGCUGUACAACAUGUUCCCUGCUCUGGGUUUUCUUUCUGGUGGUCGCAAGACUGUCCUGAAGAACAGGGAUGAAUUGUUCACCUUCAUACAGGCCACCUUCAUAGAACACCUCAAAGAACUAGAUGUGAAUGACCAGAGAAAUUUUAUCGAUACUUAUCUAAUCCAACAGCAAGAGGAAAAGAACAAGAACCAGAGCAAUGAAUUUUUCCAUAAUGAAAACCUAAAAGCUGUUGUGGAGAACUUAUUUGGUGCUGGCAUGGAGACCACUUCAACUACCUUGCGUUGGGGCCUGUUACUGAUGAUGAAAUACCCUGAUAUUCAGAAGAAAGUUCAAGAAGAAAUAAGAAAGGUAAUCGGAUCAGCUCCGCCGCGGAUAGAGCACCGAGCAAAACUGCCCUACACGGAUGCUGUGAUUCACGAGGUUCAGAGGUUUGCUGAUAUUGUCCCUACCAGUGUGCCACAUGGCACCACAGUAGAUGUCACUCUUGGAGACUACUUUAUCCCAAAGGGAACACAUAUUAUUCCAUUACUGUUCUCAGUGCUGUACGAUGAAUCUGAGUGGGAGAAACCCUUUAAAUUCUAUCCUGAGCACUUCCUUGAUUCCGAAGGGAAGUUUGUCAAGAGAGAUGCCUUCCUGCCUUUCUCUGCAGGUCGGCGAGCGUGUGCUGGUGAGACCCUUGCUAAAAUGGAGCUCUUCCUCUUCUUUACAAGUCUCCUGCAGAGAUUCACUUUCCAGCCAGCCCCAGGGACAUCUAAAGAAGAUCUAGACCUGACCCCUGCAGUUGGGUUUACAACACCUCCAAUACCCUUCAGUUUCUGUGCUUUGCCAUGUUCUUAACAUUAAACAGUGCUUAGCUUCCUCUGCA